CCACACCGAGGCGGCCUGGCUCCCGCCCGCUGCCGCCGGCGCCCGCCCGUAGCUGGAGUAGUAGUAGAAGCUGCCGUUGCCGCCGAUCACGUUGCCGUUGGCGCCUCCGCCAGGCUCCAUCCACGCGCCCCCGAACCUUCAGCCGCCCUCCGCCGCCGCCAUCUUCACACCCAGCGGCUCUCUGGCUUCUCUCUCCGUCUCUCGCCCUCGCUCUCCGCCCUUCGUCUCGCUCGCGGGAUCCCCGUCAGCGCCCAGCGGGGGGGCUCCAGCGAGCCCUCCCCGCCGCCUCAGAAGCGCCCGCCGAAGCCCCUCGCCCGGCUCCAGGGCGCCGCCGCCCAGCCGCCAUCUUAGCAACCGGCGACGCCGCUUCCUUCGCAACGGAAACCAAGGGAGACGGAGGAGGAGAAGGGGCGGAGCGCCAUGCGCAGGGCGGGCCGGCUCCGAGACAAGGGCCGCCUCGAGGCGGAGACUCUGAGGGGGAGAGGCCUUUUCGGGCUGGCCGUUAGGCUCUUCCACGCCGUCGAACAUGUGUACAUGUAUAUAAUAUGUGUACAUGUAUAUAUACCGCUGGCCGUUUAGUCUCUUACCCGCCCUCGAAAUAUAUAUAUAUAUAUAUAUAUAUAUAUAUCGAAUAUUUUAUCAUUUUUGCGGGGGGGGGGAUGUUGUGGGUUUGUUUUGUUUUUGCCCAUAUAUAUAGGCAAAAAAUGCACACACACACACACACACACACACACACACAUAUAUACUGCAUAUACAUAUGUAUAUGUGUUUGUGUAUAUUCACACAUACAUACAUAUGUAUAUAUAAGCCUAACCAGUGCUUUUUUGUCUUUAAAAAAGUUGUUUAGGGGCACUCUCAUUUUGACUCAAGAAAAUCACCAUUUUAUAGUUCAAAUCAGGAAAAACAAAUACAGUAAAUGGACAAAAGUACAAAGAUUCACAAAAUGUUUAGGGGUAUAAGUACCCCGGCGUCCCCCCAGAGAAGAAAAAAGCAAUGAGCCUAACCACCUCACGCGAGGUUAGGCUGAUAUAUAGGGUUGCUGUGGGGAUUAAAAGAACAGGGAGAGAAACCUGGUGUGCCACCUUGCGCUCCUUAGAGAAGGGCGGGAUCUAUAAAUGUAAUCAAUCAGCUGUGGAAAUCAGGUAAGGCUUGACUGGCCCCUACCCUUCUUUUGUGUGUGUGUGUGUGUGUGUGUGUGUGUAAAAAUAAAUAAAUACAUAUCCAUAUAUCAUUGUCACAUAGGCAUGGGCGUAACCACGAUUUAUGUUGGGGAGGGGCAGGCUUCAUGUUAGGGGGGCAGAACGUCAGUUAGUUAAGUAUUUGUCUUGAUUUUUUUUGGCUAUGCCACCACGUUUUUAUAUUUAUAGUACUAUUUAUACUAUAUAUUUAUAGUCCUUCUAGUACUCCAGGGCAGCUUACCUGUGCGUUGGACUAGAUGACCCUCAGGGGUCCCUUGCAACUCUACAAUUCUGUGAUUCUAAGUGAAAACCUGCAAGAUACAGUAAUACGUAUUCCAGAAAUACAAUAUUAUCAAAAGGAGUGGGGUGUGUGUGUUAAUAUAGUAAUAGUCUCCAACUCAGAAAGGCAAAAACCUGCCUAAACAAAAAGGGGCAGUUGUUUGCUGAGAUUCUUGCCCUGGAGGGAGUUGGGCUUCCGGUCCCUUCAAUUCUAUUAUUCUCCCUGCUCAUUUAAUCCCAACAGCAACCCUGUUAGGUGGUUAGGCUGGGAGGCAGUGACUGGACCAAGGUUCACCCAGUGAGCUCCAUGGAGGAGUGGGGAUUUGAACCCUGGUCUCUCCCAGGUCUUAGUUUAAGACUAACCACUAUGACACACUGGCUAUCAGGUGUGACUGUGGGUGGGCAAGAUGUCCCCACCCUCAUUGAGCCUCUGAUAUACAGACGUGCAGCCUUCAUCAGCCUGGAGCCCUCCAGAAGUUUUGGACUACAACUCCCAUCAGCCCCUGCCAGCAUGAGCGCUGGUCCUGGCUGAUGGGCGCUGCAGUCCCAAGACAUCUGGAGCGCGUCAAGUUGAUGAAGGCUGCCCUGAGGUACCAUGGACCUAAGCCAUUUCUUAUUGAGGUCAGUGGUGUUUUUUGUUCCUGUGAGUUAGUGCAAGCUGAUCUGUAUAUUAUUUCCAGAUGGUCAGAGUCUGAAAUCAGUAGUUAGGAUUUUGUGCUGUUUUCUCCCCAAGAACAGGGAUUGGUAGCUGGCAUCCUGUGGGCUGAAUUUUCCCUGGCAGCCUUCUCUUUCUCUCUACACUUCUUGAAACAGCAUGGAGAAAGGGAAAGAGGAAGACCUGAGCAUGUGCGAGGAUGGAACUAGAGAAGGUAGAGGGGAGGAAGAUCCGUCGCAUUUCAGAUAGUGUGAAGAAGAGAUGAAGAGAGGAAUUGUGGAGGGGGAGGGUGGGUUUUCUGGCAAGCCAUUUUGGGGAUGGGGGGUCUCCAGAAACCCCUUCAAUGUGGUCUGCUCCAGGUGGCUAGAUGCUAUGGCCUGGGCAAAGAUCUGAUGACACUGGCAAGCCAUAUAAAAAAGGAGCCCUGCACUUCGUCCUGCAGAACAUUGGCACUGAUCCAACCCUCCCAGAACAGUUAUUUUCAGAUCUUAAUUAGCAACUGCUUUAUGUCAGCAAUAUUUGCUUUUAGGAUCAAAUGAUUUUAUGCUUUACAAUUGCUUGGGGGAUUAAAGCUGACAUGGGUUACAUAAAAUUUUGUGUAAGUUUUCUGAAGUCCGGGCAUAAAAGGGUUGGCUUUCUGGCUAAUGUUUAUGCUGUACACAUUCCUGAAUUCUUAACUCAAGACUUCAUCAGUUAGUGGACAGUCUUUUCCAAGGCAGUUUGAAAUUCUUCAAAAGCUUUUCCUUUCUUCAACUCAGAGAUGAUCCAUCUCAGUGCAUCCUCACUGAUCUUCCUAAAUAUCAUAUUUUUCAUUGGGGCUGAUACUGUGUUUGGUAAUGCCAAGCCAUGUUCUGCAAUGGUAAGGUUUGCAAUGUAUUGCCUUGAUAAGAUUAAGGAAAUCCUGCUUUCAACAUGUUUUUGCUUCUGAGGGCUAUUGUGUGUCUAUAGAGUGCAGUUGUAUUUCUACUGAAAAGACCCUGCUGAAACUAUAUUAAUGCAACUAACAUAGUAAAUGCAGUUGCUUGCCUAGUUGAAAAGAUAGACUGAAGUCCCCACUAAAGUUAGUGAGAGUUUUUUCAUUAACAUCUGUGAAGGCAUGGCUUUUUAUCAGGUCAUUAAUAAAAGUUGAACUUGGAGGCAUACCUCUUCACAAAUAGUAAAUGGCCUUUGCAAUUUUUGGAUCGUCUUCUAAACACACAUACUCUACUGUAAAUACAAAAUAACAUCAUUUGUUUUUAUUUUACUUGUGUCAUGGGGCAUUCUGAUCCUUUAUUGCAAUACAUCUAGAGGUUCUCAAUGGGUUUGUGUAGAAAGUUUUGAAAAACAUUUUUAAGGGAGGAUUACAUUUCAGUGUUAUAAUGUUUCUGGCCGUGUGUGUGUGUGUGUGUGUGUAUGUAUGUAUGUAAAACCCUAAAGCUCUAGGUUACUUAACCAACAUCUGGUUAUGUUAUUGCUAUUCUGUCGAGGGUCAGUUUGUAAUUGAUGCUAAAAUCAUAUACCCACUUACCAGGGAGUAAGCCCCAUUUCACUUAAUGUGAGUUACUUCUGCGUAUACAUGUAUAAUAAGAUUGCAUGUAAGGCAAUUUCUUGAGCUUCAUUCUCACCUCAGUUCUCUAAUUACUUAACACUGUUUAAAAUCUGCAUACGUAGUUGGCUGCUUACAGUUCUUUGCCCUUAGUAAUUGCUUUAUUCUUAUGAUGUUGCUCCUGCCAGAAGGGGAAGAUACUGUGGGAAAGAGCUGUAGCUCAGUUUGUUCAUACCUUGUAUACAAAAGGUCUCAAAAGGUCCCUGUCACCUCUAAGUAGCACUGAGGGAAAAAAACAAGCCUGAAAUUCUGGAGAGCUGCUGUUAGUCACUGUGUAGACCAUGUGUAGGCAAACUAAGGCCUGGGGGCCGGAUCUGGCCCAAUCACCUUCUAAAUCCAGCCCACUGACGGUCUGGGAAUCAGCCUGUUUUUACAUGAGUAGAAUGUGUGCUUUUAUUUAAAAUGCAUUUCUGGGUUAUUUGUGGGGCAUAGGAAUUCGCUCUCCCCCCCCCCUUCCGAAAUAUAGUCUGGCUCCCCACAAGGUCUGAGGGACAGUGGACCGGCCAACCUGCUGAAAAAGUUUGCUGACCCCUGGUGUAGACAAUACUAAGCUAUGUAGAACAAUGGGCUAACUCAGUAUAAGGCAACUUUAUAGGUUUUACUCCCUAGAGUGUUUAGGAUUGUGGCCUUAAAGCAAUAAAUAAGUAUAUUUUGUUGGGGCUGCAGGAGAGCUGCAAAGGAUACAGUCUAAUCAAAACUAGGAGCUGUGCUAACAGAAUAUUUCUUUAUAUGGGGAAGGAGAGGAAUUUGAAGGAAAUAUUUGGAAAGCGAAUGGCAUUUUCUUCAUUGCUUCAGGAAGUUCAACAGUUCAAUAUUUCCAUUUUUAAAACCUCUCUCUUAACUUCUCAUUUUUAUGCUAAAAUGGGAGCAUUAAAACAUCAGCAUUUAAUUUGUAAACUGGAAGGUACUGGCCAUACAGCCCUGUGACUGAAAAGUCACACCCUGUGCUUUUAAGCUCUGUACCCUUAAUUCAACAUCUGAGGGUUGGUUGUGGUUUUUCUCAUCAUUCAGUGAGGAGGAAAAAGCCCCUUUUUUUACUUUGUCAAGGGGCACUGUAUUACGCCUUGUGCUCUGUGGCUGGGUUACAUAUUCCUGGAAAUCACUUGGGUCAAACUGGGUAAUACCCAAUUAUAUAACUGCUGCAGAGAUUUGCUGGCUCUUUUCUAAGCUGAUCACAUAUUAAAUAAGCAUAAAUGUGACAGUAUAUAUCACCCUGAAUUUGGUUUGGUAACACUGGCAGCCAGUGCAGCUUUUUGGCGCCAUGUGCUCCUCUACGCUGCCCCACUUAACAGCCUAGAUUUCACAUCUUCUGAACCAUCUUAUUCUGAGAUGAAAAUGUUUGCCAUCUUUUUAAAUUCUUGAUAAUCAAGAGCCUGUUUUAUCUACAUUCGGUACAGAUCUUUCCCCCCUUCUGUUUGGUAUUCCAGGGUACUUUUGCCACAACCACUGUGGAAGAGGCAGCCAGUCCAGGAACAAAAAAUAAAUCUUCAGAAAAUCCACAGGAGAAGAAAAAAUGCCAUGGGCCCUGUGAUUUUCAAGCUAAAGUGUUAAGAGAAGAAAAACAUUACAUGUGUAGUAUGUACUUUUGUAUUUUAGAAACUCUUUCCUUUCAUUCACUGUUGCAAGCUAACUUGGGAUAUUGCUAAAAUGAAACGAUAUUGAACUUAUUUGUAUUUCGCUCACAGUAUGUUAAGUUUAUUUAUUAAAAAUAAAUAUACUACUUACCUAUUUUCACUAUAUUAAGAAAUUUACAUAAAUGCAAUUAAAAUGCAACAACACUCAGCAAAGCUUCCUAAAAAGUAGAUAAAAAUAAGAUAAAAAUACAUCAUAAGUGUAAAUCACAAUUAAAACUGAGCAGAGUUCAAAACUAAAAAUUUAAAACUAAGGGAAACUGUGAACAUACACAUUUUAAAGCAUUGGUUAAAGAUCAUUACUAUCUCCACCUCAUGAGUAACCUGAGGGAAAGCAUUUCAGAGGGGGGUGCUGCACUGAGAAUGCCUACUUCCAUGUUGUUGCUAAGUGGCAAUCCACUGGUUAUGGAUCUUUGAACAUUCUUAACCAGGCAUAGGCAAACUCGGCCCUCCAGAUGUUUUGGGACUACAACUCCCACCAUCCCUAGCUAACAGGACCAGUGGUCAGGGAUGAUGGGAGUUAUAGUCCCAAAACAUCUGGAGGGCCGAGUUUGCCAAUGCCUGUUCUUAACGAACGCCUUGGUCCAUACUGGGACUGCUAGGUAUCCUGAUCCCAGGUUGUUUAGGAUUUAAAUAUCAGUAGCAAAACCCAGAACUUGAUUUGGUUGUCGAUAGGCAGCUAGUGCAGCUCAUUCACUCAACACAGGUGUAAUAUAUCUAAAGCUCUGUGGGGUUGGAUGAGCACAGGGUGAAACAGUUCUAAACCUAGUAGGCUGAACAUUUCCACAUUCGUAAUAUAAAUACUUCAUUUCCUGCUGCAACUGGUUUGUUUCAGGAAUUUUCUGCAUCUACAAAUGCAGACAUUGAUGUUAAGUGGUAUGAACAUGCAAAACUUGCCUUAUUCCGGUUGUUGAUCCACCCAGCUCAGUCUUGUCUGCUCUGACUGGCAUUAGUUAUUCAGGUUAUCCUGACAGAUGUCUUUCUUAGCCUGCUUAUUGCAAUCCUUUGAACUGGAGAUACGAGGGACUGAGGUAUCAUCAUCUUGAUGUGCCACCCCCAGCACCUUAAGACACUAAGCAAUUUGAUUCAAACCCACAAAUCAUCCAAAUCCCACUUUUACAAAGAAGCCGAUUUAGGGCCUAACUGUGUGUGACGCUAACGAAGUGCUGAGUAAUCACGUUGGCUUAGAAAACAAAGAAACAAACAUGGAGAAGCAGAGAUUGUUUUCAACUUCACAAUGUGCAAGGAGAGGUGGUUUGAGGUUUCUCUCCCCAGCUGUGAUCUCAGUAAAUAUUCUCAUACCACCGUUAUCAUUAGAAAGAGGAAAGUUCCCACUGAUGUGAAUGGGAGUUCCAACCUACUGUCAAUUACUAUGGCAGUGAGUUUGAGGAAGUCCACAGCUGGGGAAGGAAGGUUUAAACCUGCCCCAGCACUGCAGUGCUGAUUGCUGUUUGUCCCCUGUUCCUGGCAUUUAAUUAAAAAGAAACCAACAACCUGAUUGCUAAUCACACACAUAGUUACUAACGCAUCACAAUUGUUAGCAUCACACGUAGUCAGGCUUUUCCCCUGCUUGAAAUAUUACCACACAACGCUAAUUGCUGAAGAAAGCUCUGUUAUGUAUCAUUGCAUUAUUUUAGUAACUUUUUAAAUGACUGACGGUCUGUUUGCUUAAAGGGAACUUGCAGAAUUCUCUAGUUGAAUAUGCAAGAAGUACCAAGAAGAUGAUACGGAACAUGAUGGAUGAUCACCAGUCUUCUCUCGAUUAUCUUUCCGAUCAGGUAUCAGUUAUUAUUUGCACAAUGCAUUUCUUUCUGUACAGGACUAAUUCUACUGAAUGAUCUUAAUUCAGCUGAACUAAAUGUCAAAAUCCAGUUUACAAACACAGCGAGCGCAUUUCAUAAAAACAGUUUGUCUUGCAACAGGAAGUAUUUGGUUAUUGUUUUCUGCAUUGGAAAGAAACUACUGAUUUCUUACAGUGCCACAAACACCAUUUUGGGUAGAUAUGAGGGAGCCAUUAAGGUCAGCAAAUAUAUUGUUAGCUUUUUAUGUAGGACCCUCCUCAGAUUUAUUCUGUAUGAGUCAGUGAAUAGGUGGGAAAUGGCAGCUGUAUUCUUAAAAAUAUGAAUUAUAAACCGUGUGUAUGAGCUAGCCAAAGUUAAGCAUUCUUCAGUCAUAUUGAUUUUACUAGGAGAUACUUAGGUUAUUGUCUUCAGCUUAAUUUCUAACUCCUGCUGAGCUCAGUGUUACUUCCUUCUGAGAAAUUUUUCUUAGGAUUGCUCUACAUAAAACAUGCUUAAUCGACCAAAAUCAAUGGGGUGUGCCACCAGAUGUAUAUUCAGUAUAUUCAGUAUAUUUACUCAGAAUUAAGCCCCAUUUAGUAAUUUUUCUUGGGAUUGUAGAAGCACCUAAUUUGGGCUGAAUUACAUCCCAUGUUAAUGUUUGUUUCAAGGUUAUGAAUAAAAGAAAAGAAAAGAGGCAAUGCUGGGCUCCCCUGAACAUUAAGAAUGGUUUAAGGUUUUUCUUGUGAUCACACAGGUCAAUGAACUGAUGAGUCGGGUUAUGAUUUUAAACACAGAACUAUCUAGAAAACCAAUUGAUGUAUUUCCUCAUCGAGCUGUUCAGUCUCACGGUAAAUACUUUUUGCUUCCUGACUUUUCCCAUUUCUCUUCUUGCUCCGUAUCUCCUCCUGGUACGGCAGUGGUACAAAUAAGAAAGAUUGGGGGUGGGGGAGUGGUUUGCCAUUACUAAUUUUGCAAAAACAAAAGUGUUUAUUGAUCAUUUCAUUGUUGUAUUCUUUUUGUAAGUUGCUUUGAGAGUUUUUUUUAAUAAACGGUAUAUAAAUUUUAUGAAAUAAUAGCAAUAAUAAUAAUUAAUCAGAAGUAAUAAAUUAUUUUUCUUUGCCAUCCAUCUGAUUGGAUAUGAAAGGGAAAGACAGAAGUCGCUCCUUGUAUCAAAUACAUGCCAAUGUGGACUACUCUAAUCUAAUGCAAAUUGGAAAAUUCAGAUUAACAGCUACAUUAUGCUCAAAUGUGGGUAAACUAAUUCUUUGGAAUGGUACAAUAAUCUAUGGGUAAAAAGACAUGUUGCACUGCAAUCAGGUGCAACUAAUGUGUGUGCAUGCUUAACCUUUACCUACCAGUCACUUUGCCUAGAAGCCUGCGUUCCAUGUUCUUGUUUAUAUUCACAUGGGUCCAAAACCUUGGCAGAGAGUCAAAGCCAGGGGGAGGCAGUUCAGGGGGAAAGUGACUGUCAGAGAAAAGGUUAACUCUGUUUCCUUUUUACAAAGUUGAACCUGAACUUCCUCUGGUAAUGUUGUCUGCCAGGUUUGGAUUGCAGCGAUAUUAAAGAUACCAUUGGCUCUGUUACAAAAACUCCAAGCGGUCUCUACAUAAUCCAUCCAGAAGGAUCAAGUUAUCCCUUUGAGGUAAUACAGAUUUUUCAUUUUUACUGUUUGCUUAGAUUGUUUCCCCCCUCUUCUUAUGGCUGCAUUAAAGCAGUCCCUGUCGCUUUAGCAGUAGUUUUAACACUUUCCAAGCCGCCGCCAACUGCCAAUAUUUUAAAUCUGAUAUGGGGGGUCAGUUUGUUCAACUGGAAGUACUGUAACUUAGAGGAGAGGAAACAUAGUCACUGAAAUGUACUGACUGUAGCAUGAAACAUUGGAAAGCAGAUGAGUACAAUGCGGCUGAUUCACUAUUUUUCAUAGGCAUUUCAAGUACCCUUUCCCCAAAAAACUAAAAACUAGCAGGUGUGCUUCAACUCCCAUAGUGUGGUUCAGCUCCCAUAGGAAAGAAUAGCAAUGUUGGCACUAAGUAUAAUAAUUUUUAUAGCAUGUCAGCAGUCCUCAAAGUCUUAGUCAAUCCUCUUGCUUGUAAUUUUUCCCAGCUAGCAAACACCCUGAGAGACUACGGCUCUUGGGAAGCAUAGAUGGCUGUACCAUUUGUGCAUCAUGGUUUAGCCUGGGUGAAGGGAGAACUGCCGCUUUCCUACAGAUGAAAAGCUUACCUUGUGAGACUGACAGCUCAUUAGCUAUGCCAGCUUGUUUUUCUUUGAGCAGUAUUCCAAGGGCUCAGAGCUAUCACUAGCAGUAGGUGGAAGAACAGAUAUAGGGGUCCCAGGAAUACCUAGGAGUAACACACAACUACCCCAAGGAGCAGUCUUUGACUUCCUCUACGUUCACUAACUGACUUAUACUGAAUCAUUUGUCCAUGUAGUUUAGUCCUGAGUGACUACCCAGUUGGUAUUGGUUCUGCAGGGUUUCAGACAGGAGUCUUUCCAAGUCCUUCCAGGAGAUGUGCAGGAUUGAACUUUUGCAUGCAAAGCAGGUGUUCUGCCACAGAACUCCAGCCUUUUACUGCAUGACCCUAUCUCAUUUGCCCACACAAAUAUAGGGGAAGACUAGGUCUGCUUAUGGGAGCAAGAAAUGCAUUGUGUAAAUUAGUCUCUUCGAAAUUGAGGGGGCUUAAUUAUUUAACUAUGAUAUAAGCUUGCUGAUCUUUCACUGAAUUGCAGAAUAACAGUAAAUGAAAUACUAGUGAUGCUUGUAAGAAAACGCUGAUUUCAUUUACAAAUGCCAACAAGACAGAACACCCAUUUGUCACAGCGCGAAGCUCUGUCUCUCCUUUUGUGUAGUCGACAAGAAAAAUCAUAAAUACCAAUGUGACAUAUUUUUUAUAUGACACUUUAACAGUAAAGAUAAAGUGGCUGCAAAGGCUGCGUUCACAUCCCCAGGAUGGAUAAACAUGUCAGUUUCGGUUUCUCAUUUUUCCAUUCUUAAAUUUGCUUCUCCACAUUUACACAUCAGUUUUUUGAUCCCCCUCCCCCCAAAAAAGUUCUCAUGGAAAUUCACCAGCAUUUUUAGUGUGGAUUUCUGCUGAUAUGCACAUUUUUAUCUGCAGCUUUGCCUAAUACACACAUUUUUGCAAAGCAAUUUCCCUUAAUAUGUGUUUUUGUAUUUUGUUUUCACUUAUAUAUGCAUUUAUAUGCACAUAUGAAUUUUUGUACAGAUUACUUGGCAGGAGAACUGCAUUGCAAAAUUCUAAGAAGUGCAGAUUUUGAAGGAUAACCGUGUUUUACUUCUCAUAGCGUUUUGGAAAGUGCGAAUUAACAGAAUUGAAUUUCUCCUCAACCCCUAUGGGAGAGAGAAAAAAGGGUUUAACAUGGGGCUUUGCUUCUUAGCUGCACUAUGAUUUUGAAAACUAAGAAUGCAGUCACAGCAGUGCACAGAAUGCUGUUCCAGAGAUCUGAACUGACCUGCCAAACAAACGCUCCCUCUUGGGAUCAGUCUUGGGAUUGUUGCUUUUGCCAGAUCAGCCUUGUGUGACUAAUAAAGACUUAAGAAAAUGUGCUUUUGAUUGUGCACUCCAGAUCUUUAAUCAGAGGACUGUGUAGCGAGAACACAAGGAAUAAAAGGUGGGCAAGUGUUUACAGGCUAAAGGAGUACCUGCAGAGUUACAACUAUUAUUCAGAACUCACAAUUAACUGAACUUUUAAAAGGUCUCUUUACAGAAACUCUAGCUAACUUCUCAUUGGUAUAAACCUGGCACUAUAAAGGGCAGGCUGAAAAGAAAGUCCUGCCACAAGAACGGGGGUGGUCUCUUUCCCUUGGCCAUUGUAGUGGCAGUGUCACAAUCAGGGAUGGAAGGUUCUGUCAGUUCUGGUUCUCUCUGUUUCUGUUUCUGUUUUAUAUUCAGUUUUGACUAAUGUACAUAUUUUUGCAAGCAAUGUAUUUUAGUAUGUUAUUUUCAGUGAUAUUCUAUUAUUUAUUGAAUUUAUAUACCGCCCUAUACCCAGAGGUCUCAGGGUGGUUCACGGAAUAAAAUCAAAAUAUAAAACCACAAAAUACAAAAUCAAAAUAAAAACAACAACCCAAUACCCCCAUUUUAAAAGAGCAUAGGAUGCCAAUCAAAUGCACACUAUAGUUAAAAUAUCCAUAUAUAUUUUUUGUUCACAUUGCUAGGUUGAAUUGCAAAAUUCAAAUAAGUGCAAAUUUUGAAUGAUAGCUGUGUUUUGAUUCACAUAUUAUUCCAGAAAGUGCACAUUUGGUAGAUUUGGGUUUAAAUGCACACUGAAACAAAUUUCUCCUCCAUCCCUAGUCACAACCAAUCUAAUUUUUUUGAAGCAGAUACUAAGAUAGUCCUCUAGGAGCUUUGGGGGGGGCAGAGUUCUUCUCUCACAACUGCAUCCUAGGGCAAAUUAUGGUGCCCUGAUGUUGGUGAUGUUGCCAUUGUGGGUGUCCUGGAAGCAAGCAAGGUGGGGAGAAGCGGGGAGCUCACCCCCACACCUCUUGCUUUGCCACCUAGGCUGUAGUCAGGACAUAUUGAGUGAGCAACAGGUUGUCAAACCAGUCUUUGUUGUUGUUGUUGUUUAGUCAUUUAGUCGUGUCCGACUCUUCGUGACUCCAUGGACCAGAGCACGCCAGGCACUUCUGUCCUCCACUGCCUCCCGCAGUUUGAUCAAACUCAUGCUGGUAGCUUCAAGAACACCAUCCAACCAUCUCAUCCUCUGUCGUCCCCUUCUCCUUGUGCCCUCCAUCUUUCCCAACAUCAGGGUCUUUUCCAGGGAGUCUUCUCUUAUCAUGAGGUGGCCAAAGUAUUGGAGCCUCAGCUUCACGAUCUGUCCUUCCAGUGAGCACUCAGGGCUGAUUUCCUUAAGAAUGGAUACGUUUGAUCUUCUUGCAGUCCAUGGGACUCUCAAGAGUCUCCUCUAGCACCAUAAUUCAGAAGCAUCAAUUCUACUCCCUCCCAACUUUGUAGGCGUAUUGCACUCAGGAAGCAAAAGUGGACAGAGCGACAAAUAUAAAUUUUACUUUGGUACAGUAGACUAGUUUUACACACACAUAUAUACACACACAUAUCUUUAUCUUCCAUCCAGGGAAGCAAGAGGCAGUAUUGGACUACAAGGACACAUUACAGCCAGGAAAAACAUUCAAGGAGGGUGUGAACAGAGAUGAUAAAGGGCAUGGCCUGAGAAGAGCGGGUGUGGGUAAGGAGAGGGUUUAGUCUAAGAGGAGUCCCACAUCUGGCCCCCAGGCUUGGUUCCUCACCCCCAAUUCAGUCUAACAUUGUGGCCUGAAAAGAAAAUGCAUAACAUUGACAGUAUCAUUCCCAUGGUGUUUUGUUUUUUUAAAUCCUUACUCCAAUUUUGUGCUUACUCCAAUUUUGUGCUUGCAGGAGUUAAAUAUAUAAAUCAUGAAAUAGCUUAGCAUGCACUGGAGGAUACUUUUGAAAUAACUAAGAUAAUUAACUUCCAUAUUUCCUUUUUUUAAAAAAUAAAAACCUUUCCAGUGUUUAGGAAUGACUGCCAAUGUCUACAGAAGUUGAAGUCAUCAAAUAAGUAAAAAUGUUUGCUUAUGACACUGGCCAGAGAUCAAGAACUAAUGGAAAAACAUGGUUAUAGGAUGUGUAGCAACUAAGGAGGAGGUUAAAACUGAAAAUAAAAUUAGGAUUUUGAAUUUCAGAGGGGGCCAGAUGAAGACACUUCAGAACAGAGAAGGGAGAGGUGCAGAAAAGUCUGACGGCUCACUCUUGAAUAGAACUUAAAUUGCAAAAAAGGAAAAGCAGUUGCCUGCUAGAGUCCAUUCACAUGGAAAGCACACCUAAUUCAAUUGGAAACAGCAUACACAAAUGGGUGCCACAUGUAUGUCCCUCAUUUCUGGUUGGUCUAGUUAUCAGGACUGUGUACCUUUGCAAAAGCUGAUAUCCACCCACUAAGCUGUUUGGGAGAGGGCUGGAUUUGGUCCAAACAUCUCUCUCUUUCUCUUUCUCUCACACACUGUUAAAAUACCCUUGCUCCAUUUAUAUAUAACUAUAGCAAUGUUAUCGACAGAGGACAUCUAAAAAGGAAAAUAAAGAAAUUAGCUUUGAAUCUAUACACUCAUUGACUAAUAAUUUGACUCUAGGACCCAGGUAUGCAUGCCAAAGGUGUAAUCCCUGCAAGCUUCAGAAAAACUAUUUUCUUUCAUACAUAUAUACAUAUACAUAUACAUAUACAUAUACAUAUAUAUACAUAUAAAUAAAAACGUUUGUGUGUGUGUGUGUCCUGUGCUGAUAACAUUGCUGCACCUAGCUUGAACAAAUUAUUUCCAAGAAUUUUUCCAAGACCUCUUUAAAGGGAAGGGAAAAUGAGAAGAAUUAGUGAACUCACUGUGAAAAACUGAAAGCCAAUCUUUGUAGAAAUCCAUAUUGUGUACAAAUGUUAGUGUUUCCUUAAUUUGGCCAGGGUGUGUGUGUGCGUGCGGUGGGAAUUUGCCAGCUUCUUUACAAAAAGAUUUCACCACCAUCAUCUAUAUACGUUUCAGGUAUUGUGUGAGAUGGAUUUUCGAGGAGGGGGCUGGACAGUGAUCCAGAAGAGAACUGAGGGGCUCGUUGAAUUUCAAAGGACAUGGUCUGACUAUUUGAAUGGAUUUGGUGACCUUGAAGGUAGCAAUUUGUUAUUUGUUAGGACUUUUUUCUGGUUACUCCAGCCCAGCUAGGGACAUACAAAUUUGGUGCGUCCAUGUUUGUUUUUGUUAUUAUAUUUAUAUCCCUCCCUUUCCUCCAAGGAGCUCAAGGUGACACACAUGGUUGUCCCCUUCCCAUUUUAUCCUUUCAACAACCCUGUGAGGUAGAUUCUUCUUAUUGGGUUGGCCAGGGGCAUGGACGACCCCCACGCGAACAACAGGAACGUUUCCAGCCUGUCCCUCCCAUCAGCGUGCAGCUCUAGGGAGUUCCGACAACCUUCCCCGACAAUUUAUAGUGACUCACGUCUUGGAGACAUUGAGCACACAUCCAGAGUCCAGCAGAGAUAAAACACAGUCAGAGCUAGGCUGGGGUUGUGAACACGAAGCUCCUUUAUUAAGCAUAAGGCAGAACCAAAGAAAACAUGUCUCCUCUCUCUGAUCUUCCUCGGAGAGAAGUCAGAAAUGAAAGCAACAACAAACGGAAACAGAGUACAGUAAACACCCACUCCCGUGAUUCCAACAGUCGGUGCUGGAAUGCAUAACACAGACGUGUGAUGAACCAAUCCUACACAAUAUCUGCACAGUGAGAGGAAUAGAAACCCAACACGUCUGAGAGUUAAUAAGAGUGGAGGUCCUGAGCUGUAUACCUGUGGGAAGUGGGGUAUAAUUUAUAAUGGGCGGGAGCCAGGGCUCCGACAGGAACGCCUGUCAUAUCACCUGGAAAAUCCCCCCCCCAAGCUGCUUGGAAACUCAAUGGAUCCAUUGGCCUCCAAGUGCAGAGCAUCCUAAUGGAACCAUGUCAAGCACAAUACACUGAUAUUUACCACUGCGUUUCCUACUUCUGGGGUGACUGAGGGAGCAGAUUGUUGUUCAGCUGAACCUAUACGUGAAGUUUCAGAUCAUUGUUUUGUUAUGGUAGAAAAACUAAAUGGAUCAGAUUGAUUAUGUAGCUAGUUUAAUUCUAUCAAUAUAUAAUUGUUUUUUAAUGAUUGUUUUAAUAAUAGUUUUUUCUGUGUUUUUAACGGUUCCCUUUUUUAUCAGUAAGCUGCCUUGUGUGUAUGUCAGAGGAAAAAGCCAGGGUAUAAAUCAAUAAUUAAACAUAGCUUCCUUUAACUGGUUCAGGAUUAAUAGCAAACAGAUUGAAGGUGUGUGUGUGUGGGGGGGAAGGGAUAAAUAUUCACUUCUGUUCUUUUAGAGUUUUAUUUUAAUUCUGUUUACAGGGGAAUUUUGGCUCGGCCUCCGAAAUAUUUUCCACAUAGCAAACCAGAAAACAGCCAGCUUCAUGCUUUAUGUGGGCUUGGAGGCUGAAGAUGACACGUAUGCAUACGCAUCGUAUGACAGUUUUUGGUUAGAGGAUGAAGCGUGCUCUUUUAAAAUACAUUUAGGACGUUACUCUGGAAAUGCCGGUAAGACUCAGACGGGAACAGCAGUCUAGCUUUAAAAUGAUAGGCUCUGCAAAUGUGAAAAUAGGGUGGCAAGUCAACAAAUAUAGACAAUAAACUAUAGAACAUCUGCCAGGAGCUCCUGUGUCUUGGCUGGAGCAAGUAUCAUGAUUUCAGAGGCAUAUUUUCCAAGCUCUGAGAUCACCGACGUUGUCAUGGCCAAGGUACUCAGCUCCCAUAUUACACGUUAUGGCUGCUUAUGUGAACUGCCUUGGGAACCUUUUGCUGAGAGAUGGUGUGUAAAUCUGUAAAGGGAGUAAUUUAAUCGACACUGGAGACACUGGAAGGGAUUGCAUGAGAACCCCCACACAGUUUACUGUAUGUCUUUCUAGUAAUCUAAGACUACAUGUGUAUAUACACAAUUGUGAGCAUCCAUAAUGUAAGACAGCCUUUGCCAGCCUGACGUUAUCCAGAUGUUUUGGACUACAGCUUUCAUCAUUCCUGCUGAUCAUUGGCCACGUGGCUGGGGCUGAUGGGAGUUAGCAUUUAAAGGGUGCCAGGUUGUGGAAAACUAAUAUAGACCAAGAAUUGGGGCAAGCUGUGUUGCAAGCAAUUGCUAAAACUAGGAUUCAGCCACCAUUACUAAUCCCUUGUUUGUUUCUUAGAGGAAAAGAUAACUGAGAUUUUACUGAUAGCACGGAGCUAGGUGGUAAGGCAAUGUAUUAGGCCAGCUAUUUCAGAAUAAUCUAAGUCAAAACCUUACACACAGUUUGGUUAAUAGGCAGAAUGAUUUCAAGGCAAGUGAAGAGUUUACUUAAAGUCUUCGUUAAAGACUCCACUGAUGAUGUUUUUGGGCCAGUCUAGAAGCCAUAGGUGUUGCUGGGAGACUGGAGCAAACAUGACAAGGCAGUCAAAGUCAAGCUGUGUAUAUUUUGAUACUUAGCCACAGAAAGCCAGCUCAUACUACAAGGGUAGUGUGUGAAUUCUGGAAGAAGUUCCUGCUUAGGCUGUGGGAGUCCUUCAGUAGAAGAGUAUUAGGUAGAUGUUUCUUUUCGGUGACAUCACACAUACUUUGCUCACAGCAGAAGUAAAAGUCAGUGUUAGAUAAUUCAACAGGCCACAGAAAAGAAAGUUGCCCUAUAAAUCUGCUUCCAGAUAUUGCUGCUAGGAGCAAUUCAUGAAUGAAGCACUUCCUGUUGUGUCUAUUUACGUGUAAUAUAAUUAGCAGAGACUGUUUCUCAUCCUCUGCCUGAAUCUGUGACGUGCAGAAGAAGUGCAGGAGAAUGACAAUUUAUGUAGGAGCAUAACUCAAGAUCAUCAUAAGAGUGUUCUGGACUGGGCCAAUGGCCCAUCUAGUCCAGCAUCCUGCUCUCACAGUGGCCAAGAUGCCUAGGGGAAGCCCACAAGCAGGACCUGGGCGCAACAGCACUCUGCCCAUCUGCAGUUUCCAGCAAUUGGUAUUCAGAAGCAUUACUGCCUUCAUGGUUACUAGCUAGUAAGUAUGUAGGGCCCAAGUUAGUCAGGACCUGCACUGUUAAAUGCUUAAUUCAGAUGUGUUUAAUUACUUUCCCCUAUUUUUUUGUUCCUAUAAUUUAGGUGAUGCAUUUCGGGGAUACAGAAAACAAGACAACCAGAACACGUUACCUUUUAGUACAUAUGAUAUGGACAAUGAUGGCUGCAAUCCAGCCUGCUCUCUCCAGGAGCAGCCCGUGAAGAGCUGCAGUAACUUUAGUGAGAAAACAGGCUGGUGGUUCAGCCAGUGCGGUCUUGCAAAUCUCAAUGGUGUUCACCGGGUCACAAGGAGGAUGCUGGCAACGGGGAUUCGGUGGGAAACCUGGACAGUGAAUGACAAACCAGUCAAAAUUAGAUCGGUUUCAAUGAAAAUCAGAAGAACAUAUUUCAAAUAACGGAACAAUGCAUGACUUUCUGAAAUUAGGCUGUCUGGUAGCUCAUUUCAGACUGUAGCACGCAAAGUUUUAGUUUAGCAGUCCAUUUCUAGAAAUGUUAGAGGCAUUUUAGCACUUUCCAGCACAACAUAAUUAUAAUCCCACUAUGUUGUAGCUUCAUUUCUAAUAUUUUCACUAACCUGGAUGCCAUUAUUGGCUUAAGCCAAUGCCUUAAGCAUCAAUCUCUACAAUUCCAGCUUGGUCGGCGUUGCCAAUUGAGCCUUCUUUAUCUUUAAAAUGAAUCAACAUAACGUAACAUCUGGGAUGUCAUCCUAAGGGAAAAAGUUUGGAAGAAAGGGGGAGGCAGAAGGAGAGCAUCUGCUUUGCAUGCAGAAGGUCCCCUGUUCAAUCCUUGUCAUCUCAGGUGGGACUGGAAAAGCCUUUCUGCCUGAAACCCUGGAGAGCUACUGCCAGGAAGUUUAGACAAUACUGAACGGCAUGGACCAGUGCCCUGACUGGGUUAUAAUGCAGCUUCCUGUCUUCUUGGUAUAUCCAAACCUGACUGCUGGCAUUUAGGGAUCUGAUUUGGAAGGGAAUCUUACCCACUGAAGAGUGAUAUGUGCCUGUUUUCCUCAGGCAGUGAGGCAGCAGGGAGAAUGAGGUGUGAGUUGGGAAGAAGCCGCUUUUCUUCUGAGAUGGCAUAUCAGGUACAUGCAUAUUUAUUCACAGAAAAGAAAUCUGUUCGCUGGUACCACACUUGUUUUACCAUUGUGCCAGAUAGACUCAGAUAAUAGGAAAUGUGCCUUAAUUGGCCCCUUUGGGGCUAAUUUCAGCCCUGGGAAAGGAAACCAAUAAGGCUAUUUCUUCUGGAAAGAAAAUAAAAAGGAAUCACUUAAGGGGUGGUGGAGGGUAUUUUUUUAUUCUGCAUCAUAAAAUUUCCUUCGCAAAGAUUUCUGAAGCACUUACUUUUCAAAGAUAUACGGCUAAAAUGGGCACACUUUUUCUGAGUAUUGACAGAACAUGAAUAUUAGUUCAUUGUUUAAAAUGAUCAGGUACUCGCUUAUAUCCAUAAAAUUAUGUCUCUUAUCUUCCAAAAGGUACCACCAAUUUGUUUAGGAUUUUUGCCCCCGAGAUUUAUGAAUAAAACAGAUGGUGGUUUUUUAAAAAAAUAAUAAUUGAAGUUAGGAGCACUGAUAGGGUUCAUACACAGUGCUAAGCCACCACGCUGUUAUUUUAUAUAAUUAUGCAAAAUGAUAGGGCUUGCUUUUCACAUCAUUAUUUUCUGAAGUAUAAAACAACUUGCUGGGGUUUGAAUGUUUUCCAGCAGGAAGGCAUAUUAACAUUGUUCCCAAUGUCUUUCUUUAAAAAAAUAAAUGGUUUUUUGUGUUUGAAACUUCUGUUUUGUGAAAAUCUUAACAAUAAUAAUAAAGUAAUAUAGCA